UCAAGAUGCUGCUUAGACUGACGAUGCCCCGUUAUUUUCUGAUAUUUGUGCUAAUGGGUUGUACCGAAGCUCGACUGAUGGAGUUGCCGAGCGGUGCAGAACUCCUUGUAGAUCACUUCGAAACUUCUUUUCGGUGCCCUGAAACACUAGGCUAUUUCGCCGACGAGGAUCACCAAUGCAGAGUGUUCCACGUAUGCAAUCCUAUGGUAACCGGCAUGCAGCAGUUUUCAUUCGUCUGCGGUAACCAGACCGUGUUCGACCAGCUCAACCUUGCAUGCUCCCAUCCCGAAGACGCGAUUCCCUGCGAGUACUCGAAACAUUUCUCGUACAUCAAUGAACGUUUUGGAACCGAACACCACCUGCACUAUGACGCAGACAUAGAGCGUGCUGCGCCGUAUGUUCCGAACAAAGCCGACAAGCUCGCGCAGGCACAGUCUCAUCAACAGGAUUACCAAGAUCCAGUGGAGCAAACUAUUCCUCAGGAGUCAGAACAGCAGCACGACUCUACCGCCUCGCAGGCACAAGAAGAUGGUGGAGGAGACUUGCAAAGCCAUCAACGACAGAGCACCUCACCAGGUCACGGACACGACUUUACCGUACAUCAUCCACAAAGCAACCCCUCGAAUGCGCAGUCCCGCAAACAGAAAAGUACUCUGCGAAACUCGAUCAGGAGGCGUCCGAGAGCUAGGAGCAGCUUUUUAAGGCGUGAUCGACUACGAACAUCCGGCAACAUGUGGCAUGCUGUAAUCUUAGUUCUAGCGCUGGCGUACGCUUCUGCCCAGGAAACUUUACACUUACCAGCGGGAGCGGAGCUAAUCAUCGGGUUAGUAAAAACUUCUUUUCGCUGCCCUUUGCAGUACGGUUACUAUGCGGACGUUGAUAACGACUGUAAGAUCUUCCACGUGUGUAAUCCAGUUCCACAGAUUGAUCGAAUUAAAGUGGAAAAGUACUCGUUUAUGUGCGGAAACAUGACGGUGUUCGAUCAACUGAGUCAAACGUGCAUGAUCCCCGAAUAUGCUAUUCCCUGUAGCAGUGCUGCAGACUUUUUCUACCUUAAUAAUAGAAUCGGACAAAGGGACAUAUUUCUCCAUGGAGCUCAGGAUAUUGACAAAGCUGAAAAGUUGGUACCUUUCUACAGUAAAUAUUUGGAAGCACCAACAAGAAAUAAUCGCCCAGCCGGAAAACCUCAAGGCUUUCAGAAGAGGCAUAGGAAUCCGGCCUCGUUCAUUCGAGAAGAUCGGAACGUGACUACUCUCAGCGAAAAGAUUAAUCCAAAUCGUCAGUACGUGCCCUAUAAUGGUGGCCUUCUGAACGUUCGGAAGAAUCCUGCAGCACAAAGACAAUCAUACAAAAAUACUACCAGACGCAAGACCACCCCGUCAUUUGGGUCCUUACCAGGAUAUGGCAACCGAUUUAAUCUAGAUGUGAUUAACUUCCGUGAUGAAAACUUCAGAGUGCGUCAACUAAGUGUAAACGAUGGCCUUGAUUCUCCUGAAGGCAUCCGUAGAAGGGAUCGAGCUGAGAAAAAGUUCGUGACGUCUGUUGAGCGACUUCCCGCUGAGUCUGGUGAGGCCUUCGGAAAAAUAGAUUCGGUCGCAAAUAAAAAUGUACCUGAAGUGGGGGUGAAAAGGGCGAUGCUACGUCCGAUAGUUGCUCCAAAAACUGUGAAAAAGGAUGUUACGAAACAAAAGCGUACAACCGCAACUCCUAUCAAGGAAGUUACACGUAUCAUUGAACCAACUACCGAAUCAACCAAAAGAGCAUCCGAGGGCGCAAGUAAUGCAUUAAUGGCGUCUACGUCAGCUCCUACGUCUAAGAAUAGUUUUCAGACAGAGUCCGAUCAGGCACUACCUAACGAGCCACAAAGUAAUGCUGAUAAGAUGAACCGGUCAAAACAAACGGACUUGGUUCCAACGGCAAAGAAAACCACGCCAGGUAAAAAUAAGAAAGGUACUAUUUUGUCAAAAUCUACAAAGACCACAACGCUAACAAAAAGUACACCCAAACCAUCGUCUGCAAUAGCUUCCACAGAGCAACCGGUCGCUCUCGAAUCCGACACUCAGACUUCAGCGCCUGUUUCAACUUCUUCGGUUAUUUCCGCCAAAGGAGGGCAUAACAUCAGCAGAUUUUCCUUAACCCCCGAAAAGCCCUCUCCUUCAGCACCCGUUGCAUCUAAGCCCGCCCAGGAAAUAACAACAUUGCCUGUGUCCACUGCAACAUCUGCCUCCAGCAGUGCCAUGGCCGAUACCACUUUAUCCACGACAGCAGAACCUACAAUUUUCCUGUCAACGUUACCUUUGCCAACCUCAAAGCCACAAUCAGUUAACACGUCGGAAGAAACUAUUGAUAAGGCAGGCUCUGUGAAACAAAAUAAAACGAGUUCCUUCUUAGUACCUGUCAGCGAAUUACCGAAAGCUAAGGCCAACAAGGCAACAUCGUCAGCAACAACUUUGACUACUGCCAAGCCUAAAGCAAUAUCUGAACAACCAUAUCUUAAAGCUGAUGCUCGUACUGCGAGCCAAGGUAAAACCAGUACGGAUUCUCCCAAGAUCGUAGUGACACUCCCGUCACUUCUGGCCACUUCUAGUACUAUAACAGAACACGACCCUAUGAUCGUAUCGGAUGAACCCAACUUCGAAAAGUCAGAGUAGACACAUUCUACUUAGCGUCUUAUAACUGUACAUUCUAUCCACGUGCCAACUAGCGAACCUCGCUUUAACAAUUAAGCUAAUUUAUUCUUGCCCUUGCCUAGACAAUGUUAUAGAAUUCGUAACCAUGUUUAAGCUCAUCAGCGGACGCUGAUUAUGUCUAGAGCGUUUCUUUAACUAGAAACAUUUUUCUUAGCUUUUCAUCAGAUUGAAGAAGGUAACUGGGUACGCCCUCUGUCUAAAACUGUUACUGUGUAUCUAUAUAUAUUGAAUUUAGAACACAAUAUAACACUCUAUCACGAAAUUCCGACCACAGUGUACAUGUGUCAAACCCAGCCAUUGCGACUUUUCUAGUCCUGUAUAAUGACUGCCUAGAAAUGUCUCGAAGAAAACGUUUCAGUAUAAAAAUGUAAAUUUACAUGUACAUACAUUAG